GUCUGUUCGCAACAAUCCACCUCCAUUCCAGUCAUUCUUUACUUGGUUUAUACAGUUAAACGGCAAACAGCAACUGUUCAUUAUUUUGAGGAUUUAAAUGUUUUUCUUUCGUGAAAUAUGAAGUUUUUUAAAGAAUGUUUUGUCGUCAACUUAUCGAAAUGUUGAGUAAAUACAAUCAAACACAGCAGUUCACCGAUGUCUGCUGUCACAAAUUAAGCACGCUUAGACUUGCUGACAUUUGACACCCAACCCCAAACAGUUUUCUUUUCGUCUUAAAAAACAGACAUGGGAAACAAACAUUUGUUUAUCAGGAAGAUUGCAUGCUAUGAUUUGAAAGAUUAUCGACUAUUCUUUCGUCAUGAUUGUAAAUGACUGAAACUAGACACCUUAAGUGGUUACUUUAUUACUCUUCGCUCAUUCUCCUCCCUUCACGUUCUCUCCCCAUAACAAAACCUCGCCAAAUUCCUUUAGUUUUUGAUGUCUGCGUUGAGGAUUUUUAAGGAACAAAAUGUUGGAUUGAUCGAACUAAUGAAAAAACGAAAAAACUCUAUAUAAUAUAACCUUCUAAAUACGAAGGAGCGGAAAAGAGGAAGAAAUUAAUCUCCAUGGAUGAAAAAGAGUGAAAAGGAUAAACGAAGACGAGGAGGGCGCGUAACGGGUCAGCACGGAGGAAAACAAGUUAUAAAGUCUAAGAAAAGUAGGGAAAUGUAUGAGUUUUGAUUUGUUGGACGGCAGUACAGAAUUUGCAAACACAUUCCACCAAAAAAAAGGCCUUGUGCUCCUCUCAUUCUGUUAGGGGUCUCGGGAAUGGAUGGAGAAAAAGAAAAAGAGCGCGAGAGGGGAAAUGAAAAAGAGAGCGAUGAGACAGAGGAGGAUGCAGAAGGGGCAGCUUUAUUAUGGCAAGAGGGAUAUCCUGAAGAUGACCUGGGCUUACCCAUCAUGCACUGGGAAGAUCUGAGCAUUCGUAUUGCUGAACUUGAGAAGCAACAAGAAGAGCGGAGACAGAGGGAAAAGGACUUGGACAGACUGACAGUAGAUUGGCCAGAAAUCAGAGGGCUGAGCAGUCACAGAGAAACCUAUGAGGACAUGGAGGACGAUUGCAACAGUCGUCUGACUUCUCUGACAUCAAGGCUCCAGAGCCAGAUGAAUCUACAGCUGUGCUUCAUCAAUAACAGUGAAAGUGAGGAGGAAGAAGAGGAAAUAGAGGCAAAGAAAGAGGUGGCAAAACAGUCCAGUAAGGGUGGCAGCAUUCAGAGGUUAGAGAAGGAGCGUGGUUCAAGCUCUGCAUCGACUAAGAAAACCAAAUCAAGAGGUUUCAAGAAUGAUGUCAGAGCUGCGCUGAGUUUACUCAGACACAAAUUGAGAUUGGAGCAAAAACAGACUAUACCUCCCAGUGAGGCUGUCAGAGAAAGGAAGCGCUAUGAGCGAAAUGACUUGAAGAAUUUCAGCUUGAAGGAGUUAAAAGGAUUGAGGACCUCACUAAGCAAAGACAUUCAUGACCUCAGUUCAGAGCUGGUGGGUCGACUUCUCACAAGGGACCAGCUGAGAACAGAGCAGGACGCGAUGCUGCUGGAGAGUUUGUAUUCUCAAAAGGCCAGCUCAGCACUAAUAGAGGAAAGAAGAAAGAGGGAGGGACAUAUCAUGGAGCAAGAGAUGACCAAGGAGGGUUGGAUUGAGAGAAUGGUAAAAAUAGUUCGAGAAACUGAUGUGAAAGGGAAAGACUUCAGGGGUGAAUGACUAGACGGAGCCAAUGAUGCUUCUUCGAUUUGCUCUUCUGUAUUUGUCUUGAUAGUCAAAUUAGUUGUUUACUGUUUUCAGUGUCAGGUACUCCUCGCAUUUUAUUUAUACUGAGAUUCUUUAUUUUUCUAAAAAAACAAAAACAAAACAAAGGACUUUAUUGCUCUGUUA